CGCACUAUCUCCGCCCUCAAGGGAGAGACUUCUCCGUUUACCGAGCACCUUUUUUCACGCACUGCCGUUAAAUCAGAAUUAGGUGUGACGGACUGCACGAGCUCAAAGGACACAGCGUCAAUUUAGACCCCGGAUCCCCCCUCUCUUCUUCGUUAUGAAUCUCUGGAUUAUGGGGACGUCGUUAUGCCACGCAGGGUGAACUACAGACGCUUUCCAAGAUUAAAUCACCCGAGCUAGAAGCAAGGAGCACGUCAAAAUAUGUGCAUCAAUCAGAUGUUGUUCAGAUGCUGCUGCACAUCAUCGGGAUUUCGCCUGUAAAUACCUCUGGGAUGUUUAUUUAUUUUUAAUGCUUUGUGGUGUUAGUGCGCGCAAUGUGCAGUGGGUUUGCGUGCUGCUCGGAGUUGGCAUAGCCCACAGGCAUCACCUUGGUGAUUAUCGUCAUUUUAAUAUCGGUAAUCGGCGUGAUUCGUGUGCAGCGUGCAGUAGUUGCGGCCAUGCAGAGCCCGUAUUGUGUCGUUGAUCUCUGUAGAGUGUUUUAAAUGUAAAAUACAAGUGAUAAAUGAUAAACUAAUUGGCUGUGUGCAUCGUUACACCAAACGCGCCAGUAGGAGUUCGCAUCAUUCCCACAUCAUAAAAGCGACGCAGCGGCUGUUUGAAGUCACAUUUGCCCAGAACAAACAACUAAGAUGACAAAAACCAUUCUCAGGAGAGAUUGUCUUUAUUACAGAGGAAGCUCCAUUGGGAUCACAUCUCAGUUCCUGGAUUGCAAUAGAGUUGGAGGACAGGGAGCAGAGGAAGAAGAGAGGGAGGAGAAGCAGAGGAGAGCUGCUGAGCUGCACAACAGAGCCACUGCUGAUAGGAAAGCUUUGGCUUCAGUGAUGGACUGAGCUGAAGGUGACGGGACCCCCCCCUGUGACAGCCAGCUUCAAGCUUUUCCUCAAGAGCCUUCACAUUUGACUCAAAGGCAUGUAUGGACACACUGCAGCAUAGGUGAGAACAGGAGCUGCCCACGUUGAACACAUCAAUAUUGGCCUAAUGAUUGAAACACAACUCUCUCUCACAGAGGACAACACUGGCCUUUCAUUUGGAAACUGUCUCUCAGGUCUGCACAAACUGAUUCUACCUUCUCCCAAAAAGCAAGUACACCUGGAACCUCAGCCCCUUCCCAAGUGCCCUGGAAACCCACCGGAGUCUGUCUGCUGCCACAGAUGUAAUUAAGCUGUAAAGAUUUCAUCACAAGGAAGUCCUGAUUUUUUGGCUGCAUGGACACAUCUUCAAAGACGUGGCUGCCGCAUCAGAGUCAGUUUGGGUUGGUUGGUCAAGCGGAGGUUUGCUGUGGCGGACCUGGAGUUUUAACCCCAAACCAAUCCCGCAGGGCAAGUUUUGCCUCUGUAAGACAGUCAAGCAUGGAGACCCCUCCCAAUGCCACCCCUCAGCCCUUCAGACAGCCGAGUUUUCUCAAUCGAAGGCUGAAGGGCUCCAUCAAGAGGGCGAAAAGCCAACCCAAACUGGACCGGACCAGCAGCUUCAGACAAAUGAUUUUGCCCCGGUUUCGAAGUGCUGACCAAGAGAGGACACGCUUGAUGCAGAGCUUCAAAGAAUCCCACUCCCAUGAAUCCCUACUUUCUCCUAGCAGUGCUGCGGAGGCUUUGGACCUAGUUUUGGACGAAGAUGCCAUAAUCAAACCUGUCCACUCUAGCAUUUUAGGACAAGAGUACUGCUUUGAGGUAACCACCAAUUCAGGGACAAAAUGUUUUGCCUGUCGUUCAGCUUCAGAAAGGGACAAGUGGAUUGAAAAUCUGCAACGAGCGGUCAAACCUAACAAGAACUCCUUGUUCCACUUCCAGGACAACAGCAGACGGGUGGACAAUGUGCUCAAGUUGUGGAUCAUCGAAGCUCGAGACCUUCCGGCUAAGAAACGCUACUAUUGUGAGCUGUGUCUGGAUGACAUGCUGUACGCACGCACCACCAGCAAACCCCGGACUGACACCGUCUUCUGGGGCGAGCAUUUUGAAUUUAACAAUUUGCCUACCAUCCGUAGCCUUCGUUUGCACCUCUACAAGGAAACUGAUAAAAAAAGACGCAAGGAGAAAAGCACAUAUCUUGGCCUUGUCAGCAUCCCCAUCUCCAGCAUCACGGGCCGGCAGUUUGUGGAGCAGUGGUACCCGGUGAUACAGUCCAGUGUCUUGGCCAAAAGCGGUGGUGUUGGAAGUGCCAAAGUGAUCAACGCCUCGCUACGUGUUAAGUCUCGCUACCAGACAAUGAACAUACUCCCGAUGGAGCUGUACAAGGAGUUUGCUGAGUACAUCACCAACAACUACCGAACACUGUGUGCAGUUCUGGAGCCUCUGUUGAGUGUGAAAAGCAAAGAGGAGGUGGCGUUCGCUCUGGUGCACAUCCUGCAAAGCACAGGGAAGACAAAGGAGUUCCUGUCUGACAUGGCGAUGUGUGAGGUGGAUCGGUUCAUGGACCGUGAGCACUUGAUCUUUCGUGAGAACACGCUAGCUACAAAGGCUGUGGAAGAGUACCUCAAACUGAUAGGUCACAGAUACCUCAAGGAUGCUAUAGGUGACUUCAUUCGAGCCUUAUAUGAGUCUGAGGAGAACUGUGAGGUGGAUCCCAUGCGUGUCCCACCGUCUGUCCUUGCCGACCAUCAAGCCAACCUUCGAAUGUGUUGUGAGCUGUUGCUCUGCAAGAUCAUCAACUCCCUCUGCAUAUUUCCUCGGGAGCUGAAGGAAGUUUUCGCCUCGUGGAGAGCAAGAUGUGCUGAGCGUGGAAGAGAGGAUCUCGCCGACAGCCUCAUCAGCUCCUCCUUGUUUCUUCGCUUCAUGUGCCCGGCCAUCAUGUCCCCCUCCCUGUUCAACCUAAUGCAGGAGUACCCUGCUGAGCGCACGUCCCGCACACUCACGCUCAUAGCUAAGGUGAUGCAGAACCUGGCCAGCUUCAGCAAAUUCGGACCUAAGGAGGAAUACAUGUAUUUCAUGAAUGAGUUCCUGGAGAUGGAGUGGGGCUCCAUGCAGCAGUUCCUCUAUGAGAUUUCCAACAUGGACGCUGGAGGAAACGCCGGAGGGUUUGAGGGCUACAUUGACCUUGGCAGAGAAUUGUCCAUGCUCCACAGCUUACUGUGGGAAGUCAUGGGCCAGCUUAGCAAGGAUGCUAUUCUCAAACUUGGACCCCUACCACGGCUGCUGAAUGAUAUCAGCGUCGCCUUGAGGAACCCGCAGCUCCACAUGCCUACAAAUCACCAGCCUGACCGACCGAAGGACAGACUCUUCUCGCGGCCAUCUUUCAAUCGUCUCAUGUCCUCUGACUUCCAAAGCCUUAUGAUGCGCGACUUAAACAGUUCAAUAGACAUCUCUCGGCUGCCGUCCCCGACGACCGGAGUCUCAGCUGUAGAAUCCCUCUCAUCUAAUCUGAACAUGAGGCGUCAGGCAGAACGAGACCUCCGCUCGUCGAGGGAGGUGUUCUAUGUGACCCGCCCACCGCUGGCUCGAUCCAGCCCUGCAUACUGCACGAGCAGCUCGGACAUCACUGAACCUGAUCCAAAGGUCCAUAGUGUGAAUAAAAGUGUGUCCAUGAUGGACCUUCAGGAUUCCCGUAUGAACAGCAUUUCCAACCUAAACUCUGUGGGAGACAUGCUCACCUCCUCUCAAGCCUCAAUCGCCGGUCUGGGCCACAGCUUCGGAAACCUCUGCGGUCCUCUUCGUAUGGGAGGGCAUAUGCCAGCGGGCUCUUCAGGCUCGGGUUUGAGGCUGAGCCAGAUGGGCCACAUAGGGGGGCCCACUGAAUCCAUCUCUCAACAGCAGCAGCAGGCAGCAGCGGCCAUGCAUUUCCCCCUCUCUUUCCAAAACCCACUAUUCCAUCUGGCUGCCCAGAACUCCCCGGCUCAGUCUCAGUCUCAACAGCAUCCCCCUCCUCUCCUCCUCGCCCCCGAGCCCGAGAAUGGCCACCACGACUAUGCACCGGCUUUUGGCAACAGUGCUUUCUCCCGCAGCGAGGACUUGUCCGCCCUGCGGUCACAAAGCAGUCUGGUGCAGCCUAGCAUUGUCCACUCACACAGCUACAGUGAUGAUUUCACCCGGCAGAAUCAGAGCAAUGACUUUGCCUGGCACCAGCUGUCACUGCAGGUGCAGGAGUCUCUUCAGCAGCAGCACCUGAUGGGAGUUGUUUCUCAGUCAGGCACUGGGACGGGUACACCAGCCUCCUUGGCCACACCACCGACUACAGUUCACCCUGUCCGCCAGUCAUCCAUUGCUCCGGGAGCACACCUCAAGUCACAGCGGUCCAUCAAUACUCCAGCCACCGCCACACCUCCAAAAGUUCGCCCGCAGAGCAGGAACCUCCUCCUCGACUCCUCUGACACAAACUUCAGCGGCAGUCAGCCGAAAUUGCGCCAUUCUCAGCAGCAGUCGCAACAGCAAAAUCAACAGCAGCAACAGCAGACGCAGCAGCAACCACAGGAAACACAGCUGUCGGUGACGGACAGUCCGGCUCCUGGACUCCCCUACCAGACGAGCUCCGCCAAAGAGAACCAGGGCCCACAAGCAGCUGCUGAGGAGUCAACAGACACGCCCACAAAAAACACCAAGAAGUCUCAACAGACACAACUGCAGCCGCCACAGCAGCAUCUGCUCAAACCAGGCAAUAAACAGGGUUCUCAGUCGACCUUGAACACCCCGGCCCUCAAUGAACGGACCGUCGCCUGGGUGUCCAACAUGCCACAUCUCUCCGCUGACAUCGAGAGCCUGCGGCCGGAUCGGGAGGGUCAGCUGAAAGAGUACUCCAAGAGCAUGGAUGAGUCACGACUAGAGAGGGUUAAAGAGUACGAAGAAGAGAUACAUUCCUUGAAAGAGCGGCUGAAGAUGUCUCAUCGCAAGCUUGAAGAAUACGAGCAGAGACUUCUGACGCAGGAGCAGCAGACAAACAAGAUCCUGAUGCAGUAUCAGAACCGCCUGGAAGACAGCGAACGUCGUCUAAAGCAGCAGCAAGUGGAGAAGGACUCUCAAAUCAAAGGCAUCAUCAACAGACUCAUGGCUGUGGAAGAUGAGCUGAGAGGGGGUGCCAUUCCUGAUAUUAAGCCUCGAAUCCUCACAGACCAGUCUAUCAACCAGGGCUAUGGAUCCUGACUGCCACUUUCGAGCUGACCAGAGGUCAUGAUGGUCACUCGAGUGUAAGAAGAUUCCGAUCUACAAAAACCCAUGAAGAAAAGCACUGCAGUGGAUCCAGCAGGACCACUGGAGGCUUCAUCUCAAUGUUCUCAAAACAAAACUUUGCACAUAUACAAACUUUGCCUGUACCAGAACAUGACAAUCAGUUAAGCGUGAGGACCAACGUGUGCAGCCAAUCAUCUGCACAUUCUGACUGAAAUAUAAGCCAAUGCCACAACAAUGGCAAUACUGAACCCAAUGAGUUUCUUUAUUUAAUCGGAACACGUGAGAAGAGAUGCGUAAAACACUGGGGAUGAAGACGGAUUCAUGAUUUCCCCCGCUACAAGCAGCACACCCACUUCUCACUUAAGUGGCUGCAAACGAAAUCUAGAAAAGGCUUUUACAAGCACAAUAUCCCCUCAUGGUGACGCCUGUGACAAGCAACAAGCAUGUUGUUAAAUCAGUUGCCAUCUAUGAUCCUCGGAUGCAGGGCCCAAGCAAAGACCUAUAUUACUAUCUGAUUCUGAAUCAAUCAUUUAGUAACAUAUUCUCACUGCAAAGGUGGUUAUCAUUAUGAUUUUUGCAUCCUUUAUAGUACAGCCAUCCCAUCUGCAUAGAUGCCAAAUGAAUCUUACAAUCAACUAACUGCUUUAAAUACAAUCGAAACCUAACUGUUGUUUACAGUUUCCUUCGGCACACAGUGUAAAGCCAGAACAACAGUCUCUUGACUUUCAGUGUAUAGAAGAAGUAUUUCUUAAAGCGACUAAGCCUUUUGAAUAAUGGAAAUACUUUACAAAAAUAAUCUGACAUUAUAAUGUGUUUUGUUCACUUUGUAAUAAUAAUAUUAAUCAUAAUAAAGAAUAUAUAAGACAUUUCAAAACAGUGAUACAAAGUGCUUCAUAAAAGACCUGACAUGAAAGAGACGUGUGAAAAUUUAGGAAAAUGUUCAACUUAAAGGGGCACUCCACUGAUUUUACAGCACAGCCUGUGAAAACGAUUCCUUAGGAGGUUUUAUUGGCUCUGGAGGAGAAGUCUAAGAUGAUAAUAUCUCUGCUUGGGCGGAGAGACUCCAAAUCCAAAUGAUAUCUGAUCCAAGGGCCUUUGCAUUGUCAUGGACGGAUGUCCUCCAUUUCUAAAUCACUUUAAACAUCGGUAUGUUUGCUAGCUACUGCUACUACUUGUGGUUUUGGUUGAUUUUUUUUUUCUUCUUAGGAAUAUGGCAGCACUGUACGGAUACAAGCCUAAUGCCCUACAGAUGUGUUCUGGCCAAUCUGAUUACAUUCCGACCAUGCGCUUUUAAACCUGGCACUUACAUCUGUUUUGCCAAAUACAGGUAGAGAUUGCAUGUUGAUUCAAGCUGUAAAUGGUGUCAAAGAUUGCCGAUAUUUAGCCUUAGCUACUUAGAUUUUUACCAUUCCUUUUAGGACACGAAAACGAUCCAAUGAAAACGGAAUUGUUUCUCAUUUUCGUUUUGCAAAAAGUUCCGCCUUCAGACAACAACGUUUUGAUAACAAUGGCUGUGCACGCGGAUCCGCAAAAAUGACCAAAAACGCUGUAGUAUACAUGCCAGGCCAGCAGUUGGUGGUGUGACGUAAUGAAACAACACGCGCCCAAGCACAUGCACUUCCUUCUACAGAGCGGUGAUGUAAAAACAAAAUGGCAACCGCACAAACGUUUGUCUGGAUGAAC